GAUGGCUCUCCAAAGGGCAGAGCUUAAAAGCUACUUACGUUGCCUCCAGAGGAGAUUCCUCUACUUCUCCAAGGAUAGUUUUUUCUUAUCAGGGUAUGCUAAUACUACUAUUCCAUCGGUCUCCAAUUGAUGGAAUUUUUUACUUGGCACUGGCACUCUUAUCAGUGAACCAUUCAGGACAAGAAUAUAUGAACGAAUUUCUCACUAAUCAGCUGGCAGCUAGUGAAUUGGAACAGGUUAUAGAUGAUGCAAAAAAACCAAAUAAUCGAAUAGAUGCUUGGAGGUUUAUUGCAAAGUUUGCAGGGACCGUCGUUGGCGGGGUGCUGAUAUCAUCAAAUCUUCCAAUAGGAAAAUGGCCUUUUAUACCAGCAAUUUUGGUGGGAAUUGGUUGCAUAUUUUGCUAUUCUUACAGCAUAUGUUUUGAGGUAUCUUCAGGAGAUCAUGAAGGGGAAAAGCAUGAAUUAAGGCCGCUUCUGAAAUUACUCCCCUUGUGGGCACCUUUCCUUAUAUAUUAUGUUGUUGAUGCGGCCGGUAGCACCUUCUUCAAUUAUGAAGUUUAUUUGCAUAUAAAACAGGGUGAUCAAUAUUAUCUGUUUAUAAUACAGAAAUCUUCCGGAAUCAUAGUGUCGCAUUUAAUCGGUUAUGUAAUCACAAAAUUUUGCAGUGAGGUAAACCAGCAGGAACAAAAACGCAUUAGGCUAGUGAAGAUCACUCUCGGGAUGUUGGUUUGUUUUUUGUUCUGCAUUGUCACUUGGCAUGUUGAGGCUAAAGGAAAAUCAGAAGGCUCCUCCGAAGCAAAGGUCAUCUCAUUGACGUUCAUUCUACAUUUUAUCUUGGUAGGAAUUAUGAAAGAAAUGGUUAAAGGAAUGUUGGGAGAGUACUUCUGUGACCAAGUACCAGAUCAAUCCAUGCAUCAUUUACAAUUCACAUUCAAUAGUUUUGUGGAAGGAAUGGGACGAUUGUUAGCUGUGGUAUGUAUUCUAGUUUUCAGAAAUUGGAUUGAAACAGAGGAUCAUAAUGACUGUCUUGAGAAGUUGGAAGAGGGCAGCCUCAGUAGCCUCAGCAAAUGCCCUUCGGAAUCUCAAUCUUCCUCUCUACACUCAUCAUCAGCAUCACAAUCCACUGCUUACUUCUCAGACAAUGAAUCCAUCUCUACAAGUUCAGAAGCAGCAAUACUACCAAACUUGGAGAGUGCAGGAUCCUCUGCUAAUAGAGACUAUUGGUCAAUUGUAAAAAGGUACCAAAGAUGCCAUGGCUUUUUAAGGUACAUCAAGGAACGCUUGGGGGAGAAAGAAAAGUCUAGUUGAUAACCAUUGCUUCACAAACUUGUUCUAAACGAUUGUGAGUGGUUUCACUUUUGAUGACAGUGAUCUGUUAUUAUUAUAUUCUCAUUUUGUGCUUACAUUUGAGUUUUUAGGACCAGUUAUGUUAUGCCUGUGUUGUGGUUAAUUGUUAAGAUUCGUCCUAAUUAAUUCUUGUAUCACAU